AGCCCGCACGCUGGCGGAGACUGUAAAAAAAAGAGACUGUCCAGGUGUGAUGAAACACAUGUGAAAUAUGAGGAGAGAGAUAGCAGCAGUGGUGUUCUUCCUGAAGAGACUUGUGAAAAAGGGGGAGAGGCUGGAAUCGCACAAGGUCGAGCUGUUUGUUGAGAGACUGGCUGUCGCGCUGCAGGAGAAGUUUAAGGGUCACUGGUACCCUGAAAAUCCCAGCAAAGGACAGGCCUACAGGUGCAUCAGAGUGAACAGGUUCCACAGGCAGGAUCCAGAGCUGCUUCGAGCCUGCCAGGAAAGUGGGAUUCAGUACCGGGACCUGGGACUGCCUCGUGAGCUCACGUUGUGGGUGGACCCUGGAGAGGUUUGUUGCAGGUAUGGUGAGCACAACCCUUUUUUCUCAGUCGCCACUUUCUCCAGCGACGACGAGGAUGACAAAGACGUUGCAAAGAAGGUGACCAGCGCUCUGGAGAGGGUGACGUCUGACUACCACUCAGGUUCUUCUUCUGACGAGGAGAGCACUCGUGCUUCCCCUCUGACCAUCUCCAACAGGAACUGUGCUUACCAGACCAUGAAUCCGGCUGCUCCUACUUGGCAUCACAAAAAGAUGGCACCAGGGAAAGGUCCGAUCCUCCCGCGGCCCCCCUACGGCUACAGGCCCCGCAACAGACCCCCUCACACCCUGAGGCCAAACCUGUGGGUCCCUCCCGUCUACAGGAGAGGGCCUGCGCACUGGGACACGAACCAUAGUCUGGCACACUGCUACACUUAGGAUCAUUGUGCUUCUUGUUCACACUGGACAUUAAACCCGAAGGCAACUUACGAUGAUUGACCAAUGUUUUCUUUUUAAACAUACAUUUUUAUAGCUUAAAUAUUGGUUGUUUUUGAGAACGUCUUUUUGCACUUUAGACCAUUUGUUAUAGAUUGAAUAAAUCACUUGUAUUAAAAUUAGAUAUUGAAAUUGGAAUAACUACACGUGUAGUCUUGAAGUACUGUAUUUUUACUAUGGGAGACGUUAACGUAUGCCUACCUGUCCUUUGUGAUAAAAUGUUUUAUUUAUUCAUAGUGACAAACUGUCAGAUGUAUAGACUUAAAUUUAUGGAGUUUUAUUAAACAUUUCCAAGCAUCAUAA